AACGAAGUUCAAAAAUAAUAUAUUUUUUGAGCAUCAACGUGGUUGUGAAUUCAACCAAUGAGUUUUAAUCUAGAGGACAACGUUAAUCAACUUCCGGUCUAUUCCAGAAGUGACGUAGUUCAUGGAAAAAAUUUUUGGCAACGGAAAAACUAAAGUCCCGGCCAUAUAUCCGUGACUCUAGACAUUUGAGUAGUUUCACAACCAUAUAAUUAUUAAUUUGUCGAAUAUUGUAUGCAAGCCAAUAUGGUGCCCAAGUGAAGGACGCUUUGUGUGGUGUUAUAUUUAUAAUAUUUAGUUGAUCUGUAAUUAAAGUCGAACAAAUAUCUACCUCAAAAUCAUGAGUAACCUGUCGCCAUUUGGUGGAGGAAAAAAUCCACCGUGGGUUAGGAAUGCUGGCCAGGGUAUUCAGAAUAUUCAACAACAAAUGUUGGGCCAAAUGGGAAACAUAGGAGGACAGCCUAUGGUUCAAUAUCAGCAACAGACUCAGCAAGUUUAUCAGCAGAGUCUAGGUUUACAGCAGCCAAACAUAACAAUGGCGUCAAUGGCAACCCUUGGAUCUAAUCUUCCAACGAGUAUUACAGGUCAAUUAUAUCCUCAAGUUGCUACAGUAUCUUAUCCAACACCUAGAACUUUAAACACCAAUGCCUUUCAACAAUCGGUUACGGGUGUAUCUCAACAAGUUCAGCAGAAUGUUCCUUCAUCAUCCACAAAACAAAGAGUUUUUACUGGAACUGUUACUAAAGUCCAUGACAAUUUUGGCUUCGUUGAUGAAGACGUAUUUUUCCAAACCAGCGCAUGUGUGAAAGGCUCGAAUCCAAUAAUCGGAGAUCGUGUGCUCGUUGAAGCAUCUUAUAAUCCCUCUAUGCCGUUUAAGUGGAAUGCCACGAGGAUACAAGUGCUCCCGAUGGGAAACAGUAACAACAAUAAUAACAAUAAUAAUAAUAGUAGUAGUAAUAGUAGUAAUAAUGCCAGCUCUCAACAAUCUGCUCAACAAUUAAAUCGUCAACAAAACAAUCGACAAUCGGGAACCUAUAAUGCCGUACCACCACCCACUGACAAUACAAGUAAUAGUAGAUUCAUAAGUAAUAAUCCUCCAACUAAUGCUGCAAGCAAUCGGAAUAAGGCAGUUCGAGUAAGAGAGAGAUCACCACGAGAACGUAGAAAUGAAGAUGAUGAAAUUGAACGAAAACGCCGCCGAGAGGAAAGAAUUAGGGAACGUGAGAAGAAAGAAGAACGAAGUCCAUCACGAACUCGACGGAGUAAGUCUCCGAGGCCUCGUCGUCGUACAAGAGUCGUACCGCGUUAUAUGGUACAAAUACCAAAGAUAGCACUUGAUUUGCCAGAAGCAGAUGUGUUAGAAGUUCGAAGACGUUAUCAAAAUAUGUACAUUCCUAGUGAUUUCUUUUCUACAAAUUUCCGAUGGGUGGAUGCGUUUCCGCCUCACAUGCCGUUCACUUUAAACAAACCAUGCACUUUUCACGUUAUGCACAAAGACGUAGAUCCGUGUAUUGAAAAUAAUGCCGUUCUAGAACCACCAGAUGCUGAUUAUUUGUUUUCAGCAAAAGUAAUGUUGAUCUCAAUGCCUGCUAUGGAAGAAAUAUACAAACGGUGCUGUGGAGUUACCGAGGACAGAGAUCCCGAUCGUGAUUAUGUCCAUCCAACCCGAUUAAUUAAUUUUCUAGUAGGAUUAAGAGGCAAAAACGAAACAAUGGCAAUUGGAGGACCAUGGAGUCCUUCUUUAGACGGUGCCAAUCCUGAAAAAGAUCCGUCCGUGCUUAUUAAAACCGCUGUCAGAACCUGCAAAGCACUUACAGGCAUUGAUUUAUCACACUGCACGCAGUGGUAUCGCUUCCUGGAGCUCUACUACAGACGUGCUGAAACUACCCACAAGUCAGGCCGAGUGGUGCCUUCUCGUGUUGAAACCGUCAUACUAUUUCUCCCAGAUGUUUGGAGCUGUGUGCCUACCAAGCUGGAAUGGGAUAGUCUACAUCUCAACUAUAAGAAACAACUGGAGCGAAAGCUGCUGCGUGCUGCAUCUAACCCCGACGAUUCGGAUGCUGCCAAUGACGCUGAUGAGGCUACCGUCGCUGAUCAAAAGGAUGACAUAUCUCCUGAGAAGAAAGAUCCUACACAUUAUUCUGAAUUGGAUCCUAAAUCUAUGAAUGUUAAUGAAUUGCGCCAAGAGUUGGCAGCACGAAAUCUAAGUUCAAAAGGGCUCAAGUCGCAAUUAUUUGCACGACUAAUGAAAGCCAUAAAGUCAGAACAAGCUAAAGAAGAAGGUCGUCAAGAUGAGAUCGACGAUAAUGAGGAAGAAGUUGUUACACCUCUCAAAGAAGAUCUGAAAGAUGAAAAAAAAAGUAAAGAGUAUGAUGAGGAGAAGAAAAAAAAUAUGGAACGUGAAAGAGCACUUUUGGAGAAACGUUAUGCAUUACCAGAGUCUUCGCAUAUUAUUGUUCAUCCUUCAAGAGUGGCUAAAAGUGGAAAGUUUGAUUGUACUGUUAUGUCACUCAGUGUUCUAUUAGACUACCGUCCAGAAGAUACAAAAGAACAUUCAUUCGAAGUAUCUUUAUUUGCUGAACUAUUCAAUGAAAUGCUCAUGCGAGAUUUCGGUUUUCGUAUUUAUCGUUCUCUCUGUGGUCUGCCUGAAAAAUCUAAAGAUAAAGAAGAAGACAAGAAGAAAGAUAAAAAAGACGAAAGAAGGGAUGAUAAGAAAGAUGACAAGGAAAAAAGGAAGGACGAUGAUAAGAAAUGUGCAAAGAAAGAUGAUAAGAAAAAAGAAAACAGUAAAGAUAAGAAGGAUGAUAAAGAUGCGAAGGGUAAAACUGAAGAUCGUGAUAAGGAAAGAGAAAAGGAAGAAGAUGAGGAUGACGACGACGAUGAAUCUGAGGAUGAAGAUUCGAUAAAAGAUGGGAAACGUGAUAGAGAUAAGGAUGGAAAAAAGAAGAAAGUUAAAUUAUAUACUUACGAUCCGUAUCUGCUCUUAUCAUUUGUAUAUUUUGAUCAAACACAUUGCGGAUAUAUUUUUGAUAAAGACAUUGAAGAGCUUAUUUAUACACUGGGACUCAAUUUAUCUCGUGCACAAGUUCGUAAACUUGUGCAAAAAGUUGUAACACGUGAUUCACUUCAUUAUCGUAAGUUAACAGAUAAGGCAAAGGAAGAUGAUAGCAUCAAGGAAAAUAAAAAAGACGAUGAAGAUCCUGAUAAAGGCGAUGGUUCAUCCAAAGCUGAAGAAGAUGAGGAAGUUUUAAAAUCUUUAGCACUUGGUAAUAAAAAAUUACUGCCUGUAUUCGUGGGAAGUGGACCACCAUCAAAGCGAGCACGACGUGAAGAUAGUGAGGGUACUGAACAAAAUAAUACCGAAAUGGUUCCAGAAGGUUUUGUUAUGUAUAAAGGAUCACUUCUUGAUUUAGAAAAAUUAGUUAGUCAAUUAAAACGAUCAGAAAAAGCGCGUUUAGACACUGAAACAAAAAUGAUGGAAAUUCAACAUGAAUUAAAUGCUGUAAAUGAUAAAUCACAUAAACAAUCUAGUACUAUUAAGGAUAUAUCUGAUGACUUGAAGAUAUAUAAAGACAAACUACGGAAUACAGAGGAAAAAUUAAAAAAAGUUUCGUCGGAAUCUCAUUCAUUUCUAACCGCAUUGAAAAAUGUAUAUCAUACAACGUCCAAAGCAAUACAAGCCGAAAUCAAGAAAGUAGAAGUAGUAGAAAUUCAAGAUGAGAAGACGACAGAAGUAAAUGGAGCGCAGGAAUGCAAGUCAAAGAGUGAUAGCAGAUGGAGUGAUAGUAAAAAUUCAAUUAAAAAAGAAAGUAAUGAUGGUGAUAAAGAUAAAAAAUAUGAUACUAAAACUGCAAUCAAAAAAGAACCAGCAGACGUUGAAAAAGAUAAAGAUAAAAAAUAAUCGUUUACAUAUUUUUUACUAUUCGUAUUUUAAAGUCAUGAAGUCACCACUCUAUCUGCAAUGUAGUAAAAAAUGUGUGCUUAGAAACACUUUAAUCUACAAUUUUUACUUAUUAAACUUGUAAUGAUUAUUUAAUUAAUUUAGUGGAGUUUAACUUUGAAAUAUGAAUAAAUUAAGUUAUAAAUUUUAAUUUAGAUAUAUAUAUAUAUAUAUAUACAUAUAUAUGUAGCAAUACUUUUUUAAAAGUAUCAUUGAAGACAAUUAUUUCAUUCACAACUGUUUUACAGUAAGGUUGCAUAAUAUAACAAUUUGUUAUUUAAUCCGUUAUGUUUGUUUUUU